AUCUGUUCUAACUGCUUCCAUUGUGGCAACAGUUGUAAGGAUUAUUUUUCUUGCAGUAACCUCGAUAAUGUUAGUAGCAGCAGAUUCACAAGAUUCAGAAGCUCAGGCAUUGUUGGAAAGUCGGUGGUGGAGUGGCCAUGUCGACAACAUUGCAAAUCAUUGUAGCUGGCCUGGUGUAAAAUGCAACCACGAUGGAAGUGUCAUCGAGAUUAGCCCUCCAUAUAAUUAUUAUUAUUAUGAGGAAGAAAUAUUUACAAAGAUGAACUUUUCUGCCUUCCCCAAUCUUCUUCGGCUUGAUCUUAAUGACAAAGGUUUUAGCGGGAGCAUCCCUCCUGGUUUGGGUCAUCUGACCAAACUUAGAAAACUAUCUCUUGGGGGCAACCAACUCAAUGGAUCCAUUCCACCAGAAAUUGGGAAGCUACAUAAUUUGGUUACUUUGAAUCUUUCUAGCAACUCUCUUUCAGGUUCCAUCCCUCAAGAAUUUGGAGACAUGAAGAAUCUCAGCUUUCUAGGCAUAGAUAAAAACCAACUUAGUGGUCCCCUACCUCCAACUUUAGGUCUUUUAUCCAAGUUGAAGCACCUAAAUCUUCAGGAAAAUCAAAUCAGUGGUUCUAUCCCCUCAGAAAUAGGAAACAUGAAGAGUCUCAUCUACCUAAAUAUGGUGCAAAACCACAUAAAUGGUUCCAUCCCCUUGGAAAUAGGAAAUUUGAAGAAUCUAGCUUACCUCGAUCUUGGUUCGAACAGAUUGAGUGGUCUCAUCCCCUUCCAAAUUGGUCGUCUUUCUAUGCUCUUGAAAUUCUAUAUUGACCACAACUUCAUCAGUGGAGAGAUACCUUCUGAGCUUGGCAACUUAACAAAUCUAUUGACCUUGGAUCUCAGCCACAAUUGUCUUACAGGUUCGAUCCCUCCUACUCUACUUCGUCUAACCAAUCUGACCCACUUGUAUCUUGAUUCAAAUAUUUUAGAAGGUGAUAUACCAGGAGAUAUUGAGAAUUUGACAUCUUUGCAAUAUUUGAACCUCUCACAAAACGGAUUGAAUGGACCUAUCCCUAUUCAGCUUGGGUAUUGCUCAAAUUUAAAGGAAUUGUCAUUGAGCAACAACAUUUUAAGUGGAAGCAUUCCCCUUGAAUUAGGCAGUCUCAUUACCCUUUCAAGAAUUGAUAUUGGCCACAACUCCAUUAGUGGAAAUAUACCUUCGCAACUAGGAAAUUUACUAAACUUGAAGACCUUGGAUCUCAGCCACAAUCGUCUUACAGGUUUGAUCCCUCCUGCUUUGCUUGAUCUAACCAGUCUGAACUACUUGUAUCUUGAUUCAAAUCUUUUAGAAGGUCAUAUACCCAUUGAUAUUGGGAAUAUGGGAAGGUGCAUCUCUCGUAAUAGAUUGAGUGAAUCCAUUCCUAGUCAGUUUGGGAAUUGCUUGAAAUUAGUGGAACUAUCAUUAAGCAACAACCACUUAAAUGGAACCAUCCCCAUUCAAAUUGGCUAUCUCUAUAGCCUCUCACUAAUUAAUAUCAGCCACAAUUCCAUCAGUGAAGAGAUACCUUUUCAACUUGGGGAUUUACAAAAUUUGCUGGUAUUGGAUCUCAGUUACAAUAAUCUCUCAGGCUCUAUUCCAGAUAACUUGCUUCAUUUAACUUCUUUGAGGGGCUUGUAUCUUAAUUCAAAUCUUUUAGAAGGUCAUAUACCUAGCCGAUUUGCGGAUACAUGUUCUUUGCGUUAUUUAUACCUCUCCCAAAAUAGAUUGAGUGGACCCAUUUCAACUCAACUUGGAAAUUGCUGGCAUUUAGUGGAGUUGUCAUUGAGCAACAACUCCUUAAGUGGGAGCAUUCCCAUUCAAAUAGGCGAUCUCUUUAUGCUCUCACGAAUCGAUAUCAGCCACAAUUCCAUCAGUGGAAAGAUACCUUCUCAACUUGGGAGUUUAUUUUCCUUGGAGGCCCUAGAUCUCAGUUACAAUAACCUCUCAGGCCAAAUCCCAAUUGAAUUGCUUCAUUUUCCAAAAAGGUCUUUCAUAGGAAAUAAGGGAUUAUAUGAUCACCAUCUUAGGAACAAAGGGUUGAGGCGUAUUAAAAUUAUUCUUCCCACCACCAUUUUUGUUGUCUUGGUAUCUUUGGUUUUGUUGUUGCUUUCUAGAAGAAUACAUAGAGGAUUGCAUAUGAAGACAUCAUUGAAGCAACUGAGGAUUUUGACAUCAGAUAUUGCAUUGGCACUGGUGGGUAUGGCAGUGUUUAUAGAGCACAAUUGCCAAGUGGCCAAGUGGUUGCUUUGAAGAAACUACAUCGAAGGGAAGCAGAAGAGCCAACCUUUGAUAAGAGUUUCAAGAAUGAGGUUAAGAUCUUGACAGAAAUACGACAUAAAAACAUUGUGAAGCUUCAUGGAUUUUGCCUGCAUAGGAGAUGCAUGUUUUUGAUCUAUGAAUAUAUGGAAAGAGGAAGCUUGUUUUGUGUGCUUAGAAAUGAUGAUGAAGCUGUGGAUCUGGAUUGGAACCUAAGAGUGAAUGUCAUAAAAAACAUAGCACAUG